AGUCCUUCAGGAAUUUACAUGCAUGAGAUUUUUUUUUCCUUCUGUAGACUUGCUCGGUUUAAUUGACUCUCUCCCGUCAGGGUUAGUUGACCCGUUAUGGCACGAGACGGCGGAGCAGUUGCCGUGGUAACCGUGAUUAGAUAACGCGCCGGUAUGAUGAGCGGUGCGGGUCAAUGGACGCUGCUGUUUUGACAGCUGGGUUGAGCCUCCACUACCUGGUCUGUGUGUGUGUGUGUGUGUGUGUGACAGAGAGAGCUGCUGAGGACACACACGACCCGAAGCAAGAGGUGAUUUUAUGUACACAUAAAUAUAUGUGCAGUUUUCAAAGCGAAAGGCAGAAAGGUGACAAGACUUCUUCUCAGCACCCCACACCGACCAGUGGUCAUGGCCUCCUCCCAGCUGAAGUACCUCUCUCUGGGCGUGCUGGUGUUCCAGACCACCUCCCUGGUGCUCACCAUGCGGUACUCCCGCACCCUGCAGGCCGAGGGCCCGCGGUACCUGGCCUCCUCAGCUGUGGUGGUGGCCGAGGUCAUGAAGAUCCUCACCUGCGUGCUGCUGGUCUUCAAGGAGCACAGUUAUAGCAUGCGAGCUCUGAACAGUGUUCUGCGUCAGGAGAUCGCCCACAAACCCAUAGAAACGCUGAAGCUGGCCAUUCCCUCUGGGAUCUACACGCUGCAGAACAACCUGCUGUAUGUGGCCCUGUCCAACCUGGACGCAGCCACCUACCAGGUGACCUACCAGCUGAAGAUCCUGACCACAGCUCUGUUCUCUGUGUCCAUGCUGGGCCGCAGGCUGGGCGUCUACCAGUGGCUCUCGCUGCUCAUUCUUAUGGCCGGAGUGGCUCUCGUACAGUGGCCCUCUGAGUCUUCAGCGGCCCCGGAGAAGGAGGCCCUCUCUACAGGCUCUCAGGUUGUGGGUGUGACGGCCGUUCUGGUGGCGUGCUGCUCCAGUGGAUUCGCUGGCGUCUACUUUGAGAAGAUCCUAAAGGAGAGCAAGCAGAGCGUCUGGGUCCGAAACAUUCAGCUCGGGAUGUUCGGCCUGGUGUUCGGCCUGUUUGGGAUGCUGGCCUAUGACGGAGAGCGGGUGAGGGAGUCGGGAAUGUUCCAGGGAUACAACACCGUCACUUGGAGCGUCGUAGCGCUGCAGGCGCUGGGUGGUCUGGUCAUAGCAGCGGUCAUCAAGUAUGCAGACAACAUCCUCAAGGGCUUUGCUACAUCGCUCUCCAUCAUCCUGUCAACUCUUAUAUCCUACUUCUGGCUCCAGGACUUCGACCCCACCAGCGUGUUCUUCCUGGGGGCCAUUUUGGUCAUCGCAGCCACUUUCCUCUACGGCUACGAAGGCAAACCGUCCCCGAACCCCAGCAGGGCGUAGGACGCUCACGGCUGACCCCACAGCAGCAGCAGCAGCGGUAGGAGGUCCUGUUGGAGAUGUGGAGGUGAAAGGAGGACAGAGAGCUGGAGGAAAAAAGAAGGUGAAAGGUCUUUAUCAUAUAGUGUGAUCACAGAAAGGGAGAAACAGAGCGCAGGAGGAGGAGGAAAAAAGGUUAAAAUCAAAAAGCAAGCACAACGCUGUGAUGGCUCUCACACACCAAAAGUGCCUCUGAUGAGAAGAAAACUGUGGCGAAAAACAGGAUUGUUUGUUUUUUUCUUUGUUCCUAUAAUUAACCGCCGUAGAGGAAGUCCCGGUUGCCGCACCUCCACAUCUGGAGAGAGAUUCUCUACAGGACCAACUGAUUGUGUUGAUUAAAAGCCUGUUUGACUGCCAGUCACUGUUACUGCCACAUCGGUCACACUUACACAACAAAAGGAGGCAGACAGGCAGGAGUUUAUAUAUUUUUUUAUUUUAGAUGUAGUGCGACUUUAGCCCACAUUGUUGGCUCCUUCCCCCAGAGUUGCAGACACUUUAUUUUGUCCCACUUUGAGCUCUGAAAGCACAUUUAAGGCCAUUUUUUCCGUGAAACAAGCCACUGAAGCUGAAUACUGAAUAUGCUUCAGGAUGUCCGGGAGGCAGAGAACUCAACCACUCGACGCACCGAGAGCCUUUAGACGAUGGAGGUAUCAGUGACCAUAACUAGUAUUGUUUCCCAUGUUACGCUUUGUUCAGCUAUUUUUGGAAACAGUCUUUGUUGCCAGGCAACAUGUAGUCACUGGGAUGUAUUUGAUAUCAUAUACGGUGACAGAAUUACUGUACGACUGGUCUGUCUGUGUCUGGUGGAGUUUAAUGUUUCAAAGUAAUCUGAGUGUGUGAAUAAAAUGCUACAGGAAUAAACUAAUUGGAAAUUCUGAUUUAGAUUGUAACCGGGGUUAUUAUUAAGGAUGCACUGAGCCUUUUUCAGCCCCAAUACCGAUACCAAGUACAGAUCCAAUGCAAGUGUUUAAUUAGCCCUUAAUAGGGCACUCAUUGAAAUACUUGCAAAUUCCAAAUUUCAACUUAAUAGAAAA